CUCGUUUAAAUAUUUUGCAGCCUUGAAUGAGACUUUAGGGUUUAUAAAUCUCAGAAGCCUCGUAAUAAUUAAUCAUCAUCCUGUGCAUCCAUGGAGACACCAGAACCAGGCCCAGCUGAUGGAGAGGAGCGUCCAGUAGAGCUACGACCUCGGACCCGCUCCAACCCCGAAGGUGCUGAGGACCGUCGCAGCAGCACAGGCAGCCUCGGAGGCAACAGUAACCAAAACAUUUCUCAGCCUGCUGUGGGCAGUCGUGUGGAGGGGGAGGGCGAGGCUUCAACCAGUGACAGUCCUCCAAGCUCCAUCACCUCUACAGUGUCAGUGUCUGCAGCUAAGGCUGUAGCUCCUGCUGUGGUUCCUGCUGCUGCUGGUUCAGGAGCUGCAGCCAGCACCACAGUGCAAAUAUCUGCUGCUGCGUCGGUUAAAGAAAGGCCAAAAUCCACACAGUCCACGCUCACAUCAUCCGUCCCCCCACCAGCAGAGUACCAGAUCAAAGUGCCCCGUGUCAACUGCCCUGAGAAAGUGAUUAUCUGCUUAGAUCUUUCUGAAGAAAUGUCCUUACCAAAGUUGGAGUCUUUUAACGGCUCUAAAACAAAUGCUCUUAACAUAUCCCAGAAGAUGAUUGAAAUGUUUGUGAGAACAAAGCACAAGAUUGACAAACGGCAUGAGUUUGCUUUGGUUAUCAUCAAUGAUGAUGCAUUGUGGCUUUCAGGUUUCACUUCAGACCCCAGGGAGCUGUGCAGCUGUCUAUAUGACCUGGAAACCAAUGUGUGCGAGUCUUUUAACCUGGAAGACCUCCUUAAUGUGAUUCGUCAGAAGAUUGAGCUGCCGUUAAUGGAGAAUGUUCAGACCGUCCCUCCUCCCUAUGUGGUGCGCACAGUGCUCAUCUACAGCCGCCAUGCUGGACCUCUGCAGUUCAACCCCUCUGAGGCUGUUGGCAAAAUGCUGCAGUCUCCCUAUUUUUUCUUCGAUGUGAUUUAUUUACAUAAUGGGAUGGAGGAGCACGGAGAAGAAACCAGCUGGAGGGACAACUACUCUUCUUUCUGUAACUUGGACUUAAAGGCCAUGUGUUAUCGCUUUGAGGUCUCACUGAGCGGACCCGCCAUCGAGCUGCACAACUGCAUGGCCAAACUGUUGGCUCAUCCUUUACAGAGACCUUUCCAGAGUCAUGCAUCGUACAGCCUGCUGGAGGGGGACGACCCCGAGGACGCAGUAGCAAUGGUUUAAAAGGACUGGAAUAAGGAUUGAAUAAACGGUCUAUUCUCUGUGAAAUCAACACACACUGUAGUUUUACUGACAUACAGCACACAUUUUAACUUUUUUUGUUUCUCUAUUUGCCGGUAUAAGCCAUGAGAAUUUUUGGGAAGGGCGACACGAUGACUCGGU